GUCAGUGGCAACACUGGCCCCAGCCUUGUAAUAUGGCCGCUACAGGCAAGAAAUCAAAGAAGGCAAAAUGGAUCCCGGCCAGCAUCACAGACAUUAUUGCGGAACCCACAACUAUUCCUACCAUAAACAACUGGGCCGACUCCGUAGAUGAGGAAUCGACAGAGAAUUAUGGGUACUCGUCGCGGCCGCGGCAGCCCGUGGUGUUGCCGUCGGCUUCGCGCGCGGCCCGCGGCGGGCUGGCUGUCGACGACGAGUCCAUCCCGCGGCGCCCGCCCUUCAUCGCACACAUCUCCAACUUGCCCUAUGAUGUGGAUGAAAGCGCCAUUACUGAGCUCUUUGCGGGCAUCAAGAUCACCAGCUUGAGGCUGCCACGGGAGGGCGACCGCCUCAAAGGAUAUGGCUAUGUAGACUUUGAAGACCGGGAGAGUCUGAUCAAUGCUAUGAACAUACCAGACCUAACAAUAGGCGGCAGAAGGAUCAGAAUAGAUGUCUCUACACAGGACAACGACAGACGAAGGAUGGGUGGUCGCAACGAUCGCGACAGGGAAUACGACCCGGAGCGCACGAUGGGCGACUGGCGGUCCGGUCCACGCGCCGUGCCGGACUCUCAGCGCAGCGGCGGCGGUGGGGGCGGCGGGGGACGCACCAUGGAUCGCGAGCGCGGCGGGGACCGCGAGCGCGAUCGGGACCGAGACCGGGAGCGUGAUUCGAGCGCGGACAACCGUCCGGGCGGGUGGCGCGACGGGGACAGGCCGGCGGCCGCCGAGCCUGCCAGGACGCCCUACGGCGGCCGAGACUCCUUCGGCAGGGACCGCUUUGGAGAAGACCGCCCGCGAGGUGGUGGUUUCGGCGGACGCGACGGCGAGCGCAGUGGCUACGGCGGGCGCGACGGCUUCCGCACCGCGGACCGCGAGGGCGGUGGUGGAUAUGGUCGUGACCGUGAAAGCAGAGGGUUUGGAGGAAGGGGAUUCGGCGACCGCGACCGUGAACGUGACCCGCCUAGAGAAGAUUCGAAGCCCCGCGAGCGUCCGAAGCUGAACCUGCUGCCACGCACGGUGCCGCGCGAGGCGGAGGUGCCCACGAAGCCCGCGGACGGCGCCGUGGACGACAAGCCGGCGGAGAAGGCUGCGCCCAAGCCCGUGGCCGCCGAGAAGGUGUUCGGCGCAGCAAAGCCCGUCGACACUGCUGCCAAGGAACGGGAAAUAGAAGAACGUCUUCGCAAACAAGAAGAGGAAGCCAGGCGUGGAACUGAGGAGAAAGAACGCUGGGGUCGCAGGAACGACCAUUCUGGAGAUCGUCGUGGUGGUGCGAGACGUGAUGAUAGGCGAGAGGACCGCGGCAGGGACUCGCGUAGCUUCAACAGAGAUCGUCGCGACUACUCCAAAGACGACAACAGGGAGCGCCGCGACUACUCGAAAGACGACAAUGAGAGACGUGACUACUCUAGGGACGACCGAGACAGACGCGACUACAGAGAGGAUAGAGACCGGAGAGACGACAGGGACCGCCGGGACGACAGGGACCGUCGGGACGAUAAAGAGCCGCGUCGCGACUACAGAGACGACCGCGACAAAGAGAGAGACACCCGCGACCGACGCGACUACUCUGGCGAGAGGCGCGCCUCGCGCUCGCGGGACGCGUCGGGCGAGCGCCGCGCCGCCGCCAGCCCGCGCCGCGGCGCUAGCCCGCCCGGCGCCGAGCGCAACGGCCGCGCCCGCCAGAGCCGCAGCCGCGACCGCCACGACAGCGACGAGCAAGAGCGGCCUCUGCCCAAGUUGAAGGAACAAGAAAAACCGAAUUUUGUAGCAUCGAACAAAUUCAGUUUCCUAGAGGACGCCGACGACGGCGCGUCCGACUAACGCUCGAGGAGGCCGACGCGUGCACCAAUAUUACAGUGUCCGUUCUACAGAGACUCGAGUGUAAAGUGUAAAUUUACGAGUAUCAAGUGUUAACGUGUAGGACUCGAGCACUGAAGACGAUCUUAAAUUGUGCUAUGUAAUAGGACUCGAUUAGUCAUUAGUGCGGUGUGGAUAUAUACGUGUAUAUUAGGAUUACUAUAUGCUCACACUGCUCCGAGGCCCGCCCCAGCCUUUGCUGUUGCUUCUGUUUAGUUGCUAGUAGCGGCGUUUAUUAUAGUAUUUUAUUGUUUCCAUUCCAAGCCUGCACACUCAAUUUUCAUGUCGCAAGCUAAGAAGUCAUAGCAGAGGCUGGGGCGUCGAUUUGUGACCAUAUUGUACUGAUUGGUGUAAAUUUUUCUAUGGGUUUGUUACAUAUAGUGUCGAGGUUACAAAACAGGCUGAGAGCAUUUAAAUACGAAUACAAAUUUCGAAAUCUGAGGAACUGGUAUUUGAUACAGGUGCUGCUCUCCUAUUUUAGUUUUUAUGUAAUCAUCUUCCCUAAUAUUUGAAUUCCCUGUAAUGUGAUACAACAUUCUUGAGGAUUCAGUGCAUACCUUUGCAAUGCCAACAUAGGAAGUCUUGUCUUUAUUUUAGUAUAUGUCUUUAUGUUAAAUAUUUAGUCGAUUUAGAUUAUUAUGAAUGUUAAUUGUAUUAUUUAUCUUUACACUCAAAAUUUGUUAAUUAAUCAAGUUCUACGAUAUUGAGGCGCUAAACGUAUAAUUUUAAAAGUAUCAGUGUAUACUAGUGUGCCUACAGAAUCGUAAUGAAAUCUUAGUUAACAGAAAUUAAAAUGCGUACCUAAUUGCUAAAUGUAAGGGGCCUGGUCACAAUGUUAAUUUACCGGCUACUCGCGUUUGAUAGACGCGCUACUGAAUACAAGAUUUAAUUGUAAUAUCUCCUGAUUCUUGUUUGGUACAUUUUGUUCUAAUUGUGAAUUAUAAAUAAAUUACACUUUUUACAGCCA